GCCGCUACAGUAAUUUCGCCAAUAUAAUCUCUUAUAACUGUUAGUGUUUGACAUUACUUUUAUUGCGAUUAAUUAUUGUAUUUAACUCACGAAAAUUUUUGCAAAUAUUACACAUUCAGUAAAUUAUUUAAAAUAGUUUUUGUGCAAAGAAACGUUUGGGUUUCUUGAAUUUUUAAAUAUUACAGGUUUAUAUCUGCAUAUUUGUUGUAAAUGAGUCAACGGACUAUGAUGACGGAAAAAGUUACUUCUGGUCAUACCAAUUUGUUAAAUAAAGGAGUUAUAAACGAUCAUCAAAUUAUAAGUAAUGAUGAUAUGGGAUGGAAAUCAAAAUUAAAACUUCCUCCCAAAGACAACAGAUUUAAGACCACAGAUGUGACUGAUACGCGAGGAAAUGAAUUUGAGGAGUUCUGUCUAAAAAGAGAGCUUCUUAUGGGAAUAUUCGAAAAAGGAUGGGAGCGGCCGUCUCCAAUUCAGGAAGCUGCGAUUCCUAUCGCUUUAAGUGGAAAAGAUGUGUUGGCACGUGCCAAAAAUGGGACUGGUAAAACAGGAGCUUACUGUAUUCCUGUUCUAGAGCAAAUAGAUCCUACUAAAGAUUAUAUACAGGCGUUGGUGAUGGUUCCGACCCGGGAGUUAGCUUUACAAACAUCCCAAAUAUGUAUUGAGCUUGCGAAACAUCUUGACAUUCGUGUUAUGGUUACUACUGGUGGAACAAUACUUAAGGAUGAUAUUCUUCGUAUAUACCAAAAAGUUCAGUUAAUUAUUGCAACACCUGGACGAAUUUUGGAUUUGAUGGAUAAAAAAGUUGCCGACAUGUCUCAUUGCAAGAUUUUGGUUUUAGAUGAAGCUGAUAAACUGUUAUCACUUGAUUUUCAAGGCAUGCUGGAUCAUGUUAUAUUGAAAUUACCAAAGGAUCCCCAAAUAUUACUGUUUUCUGCAACAUUUCCACUAACUGUGAAAAAUUUCAUGGAGAAACAUUUACGUGAACCAUAUGAAAUUAAUCUUAUGGAAGAAUUGACAUUAAAAGGAGUUACUCAAUACUACGCUUUCGUCCAAGAACGACAAAAGGUUCAUUGUUUAAAUACAUUAUUUUCCAAACUGCAAAUAAAUCAAUCCAUCAUAUUUUGCAACUCCACGCAACGUGUUGAAUUAUUAGCAAAAAAAAUAACGGAGCUUGGAUAUUGCUGUUACUACAUUCAUGCUAAAAUGGCGCAAGCACAUAGAAACAGAGUGUUUCACGAUUUUCGUCAAGGACUCUGUAGAAACUUGGUGUGCUCUGACUUAUUUACCAGGGGUAUAGACGUACAAGCAGUAAAUGUCGUAAUUAAUUUCGACUUUCCCAGAAUGGCGGAAACAUACUUGCACCGAAUUGGUCGCUCUGGACGGUUUGGACAUUUAGGUAUUGCAAUUAAUCUGAUAACGUAUGAAGACCGAUUUGACCUUCAUAGGAUUGAAAAAGAACUUGGAACAGAAAUAAAGCCAAUACCAAAAGUUAUAGACCCUGCCUUGUAUGUGGCAAAUUCUGGUGUAUCGUCUGGAGACACAUGUAACAACAGUGAUCUUAAUAACUCUACGACUGAAGAAGGCAAUGUUAGCAAAUAGCAAUUCAAACGUGCUUCACAGCUAGGUUUGUAGAACAUGUAUGCUGAAUUAAUGAAUUGAAUGAAUAAAACAAAUGAACAGAAUAAAAAUAUACAAAUUGAAGUUAACAAGAUCCAGAUUUUUCCCCAUUUGGAUAUAAAACCAUCAA